GUCUCCCCCAGGAGGACCCCUCGCUGGAGAGGCAUUUUAAGGGCCACCGAGAUGCAGUUACCUGUGUGGACUUCAAUCUCAACACGAAGCAGCUGGCCAGCGGCUCCAUGGACUCGUGCCUCAUGGUCUGGCACAUGAAGCCUCAGUCCCGUGCCUACCGCUUUGCGGGCCACAAGGAUGCCAUCACCUCUGUGAACUUCUCCCCUUCUGGACACCUGCUUGCUUCAGGCUCCCGCGACAAGACUGUCCGUCUCUGGGUACCCAAUGUCAAAGGCGAGUCAACUGUGUUUCGUGCCCACACGGCCACAGUGAGGAGUGUCCAUUUCUGCAGCGAUGGCCAGUCCCUUGUGACGGCCUCCGAUGACAAGACAGUCAAGGUGUGGUCGACCCAUCGCCAGAAAUUCCUGUUCUCCCUGAGCCAGCACAUCAACUGGGUCCGCUGUGCCAAGUUCUCCCCUGACGGGCGGCUCAUCGUGUCUGCCAGUGAUGACAAGACGGUCAAGCUGUGGGACAAGACCAGCCGGGAGUGUGUGCACUCAUACUGCGAGCAUGGCGGCUUCGUCACUUACGUGGACUUCCACCCGAGCGGCACGUGCAUCGCUGCCGCUGGCAUGGACAACACAGUGAAGCUGUGGGAUGUGCGGACUCACCGGCUCCUGCAGCAUUAUCAGCUGCACAGUGCCGCCGUGAAUGCACUCUCCUUCCACCCUUCGGGAAACUACCUGGUCACAGCCUCCAGCGACUCGACCCUGAAGAUCCUGGACCUCAUGGAGGGCCGGCUGCUCUACACGCUCCACGGGCACCAGGGUCCGGCCACCACUGUUGCCUUUUCAAGGACGGGGGAGUACUUUGCUUCUGGAGGCUCUGAUGAGCAAGUGAUGGUUUGGAAGAGUAACUUCGAUGUUGUGGAUUAUGGAGAUGUCAUAAAGGUGCAGAGGCCCCCCGCCGCUCUGGCCACCUCCGCUGGAAACCUGCCGGAAGUGGACUUUCCCGUCCCACCGGGCAGAUGCCGGAGCCAGGAGUCGGUGCAGAGCCAGCCGCGGGAGCCCAGCAGCGUGCCGCAGACGCUGACCAGCACGCUGGAGCACAUCGUGGGCCAGUUGGACGUCCUCACCCAGACGGUCUCCAUCCUGGAGCAGCGGCUGACGCUGACGGAGGACAAGCUGAAGCAGUGUCUGGACAACCAGCAGCUAAUCAUGCAGAGAGUGACACCGUGAUCGGGGAGCAGGAAUCAGGAGCUCAGCUGACCUGGGGGGAGGAGGGACCGGCGGGGCUUAUGCUGUGGGACUCGGGUGAAUCAUCGGGACUCGGCUCUGCGGGAAUCACGUCCACCCGAGCCCCGGCGUCCUGCCCUCCGCGCUCCCUCCUGCCACCUGGAGGCGCUCGCCUGGCGGCGGGAGGCUCGGCCGCACACGCACCCUGAGCCACAUGAAGCCGCUUGCUGCUGUGGAGUCUUGAGGAGCCGUGAGAGCCCAGCUCCCCCAGGAGGAGCCCCAGGCCACCUCGGGUCACUCGCCUUGCUGGGCCUUGUCCUCAUUUCUGCCACGGACGACUUCCCGCCGUCGCAGCUCAGACGUGGCCUGCUCCUGAUGGGCCAGCCGGGAGUCUUCUCUGACUGACGGCCCGGUGAGGCCCCUGGGAUGUGGGCGCACCCAGGGACGUGCUUGCUGGCUUUGAGGUGCUUUGAUUUCUUCCUCUGCGUGCACUGGGGCCAACAAAUCUGAAAAUUAAAUGGACUUGAUUGAGGUAGUCAUAGAAA